CGAGCCUCAACCACCUUCCUUGUACAUACCUCUAAUGAGUAUUUUGCGUAUUGUCCAGAAGGGCAUCAGGUCCCCGAAUGUGCUCUCCAGAUCCUUCACCGUCUCCAAGCAAAACUGGACCUACGCACCGUCCGUGGUGACGCCGAAGUUCAUCGUUCCUGCCGAUCUCACCAGCUUCGGCGACUACAAGCGCGCGGGGAGCCAGAUUCCCGUCACAAAUGCGGACGCCGCAAAGGCGCCAGGUUUGGUGGCCUUGCACGCCAGAUUGCAGUUGCCAGAGUCGUUUGAAUUAGCAACCUUGGCCAGAUCACUCACCUUCAUCGCCGAGGGCAACCAGUACGCAGACAACGCUGGGAUGGCGCUCUUUGGCAAAAACUUGGUCAAGUACUACGUCACCGAGUAUUUGAUGGUGCACUAUCCGAGAUUACCGGCCGUCAUCUUGAGAGCAGCCUUGAACGCCUACACCGGCGAGGAAACCUUGGCGCAGAUCGCCAGGGAAUGGGGGGUGGAGGCCGAUAACAAGAGCGAGAUGGAAAAGUUCUUGGUUGAUGAGCCUAAAGAGUUUUCUUUGGGCCGUUUAUCUUUUGACAAGGUCGAUACCAACCCGGAGAGAGGUGUUACGGUGGUCGAGGGCGGCGUCAACGUACAGCAAGCAGCGUUCGCGUCGGUCGUCAAGUCCGUCAUUGCUGGUGUUCACGCACACAAUGGCGCGGAUGCGGCCAAACAGUUUAUCCACGACCACGUGAUAUCCCGCCACAUUGACAUCUCCCAGAUGUUUCAGUUUCAGUUCCCGACCAGAGAGUUGACCAACCUUUGCAGCAGACAGAGCUUAGAGCCGCCAGUCGCCAGGUUGUUGGCCGAGACCGGGAGGUUGACCGUGUCUCCGGUAUUUGUCAUUGGUAUCUUUAGUGGCAGCUCCAAGUUGGGUGAAGGCCAGGGUAACUCCUUAUUAGAGGCCAAGAGCAGGGCUGCUGUCAACGCGUUGAAAAACUACUACUUGUACAGACCAAUUGACCCAGUCGUGCCAAGCGACCCGAAGUACGAUGGCUCUUUGAUCGACGGCAGUGCUGUGGUGAUCUAAGUCUUUUCGAAGGAGCGUAGUCACUCGGAGAGCCGAGUGUGGUUGCAUAACGAAGACAAACGUGACGUUUGUUUCCUGUAUAUACGUAUAUUAAUGUUUGGUAUAUCCGAGCGUAGACUAAAAUGAUCGUGGGUGAGAAGGAUCGAAGAGCUACCUAGAGGCAACGUGGGAAUGGAGGUUUCGGGGAAG